CAAGUUGUUACACAUGUUUAUGUACAUGUCACUGUCGCAUAUACCAUUCAAAAUUAUUAGUUUCCAACGCACUGUGGCUAUGCUUCUUUGACCACCCUCACUCAAUCAAUCAUGUUUCUUCCCCUAAACUAAUUUCAGUCUUUUUCAAGCUUCAUGUCAACUUGCGUUCCUUCUUAUUUAUAUAUCUCUGUGUCAGAUCAUAUGUUAUUCUUAUCAUUAUUAUUAGCUCAAGGUACAUAUAUGAAAUUAGAAAAAUAGCUGCAGAAAAAGAAAAAAAAUAAGAAACAGCAGAGAAGAAAGAAAGAACAAAGGAAGUGGCAUCAAAGAUGGGAACUGUUACUCGCAGCUCCUCAGAAGUGUAUACAAGUGACAGUGAAAAGGGGUUUGCGAUCAACCACUCUACUCCGCCAGAGCUAGAUGCAGGGGCAAAGUUUGUUCUUGUGUCUCGAGGAUCAUGGUUGCACUGUGGGUAUCAUUUGACUACAUCUAUUGUGGCUCCGGUGCUUCUUACUCUUCCUUUCGCCUUCACUUUGUUGGGUUGGGUUGGAGGAGUGCUUUGGUUGACUCUUGCGGCUGUUGUCACAUUCUAUUCAUAUAACCUUUUAUCUGUGGUCUUGGAGCAUCAUGCACAGCUUGGCCGUCGCCAGCUUCGAUUCAGGGAUAUGGCUAGAGAUAUUUUAGGACCUGGAUGGGCUAAAUACUAUGUAGGGCCGCUUCAAUUUGCCAUAUGCUUUGGCACAGUGAUUGGUGGUCCUCUAGUGGGAGGAAAGAGCCUCAAGUUCAUUUACCAGCUCUACCACCCAGAUGGAGCAAUGAAGCUUUAUCAAUUUAUCAGUAUAUCUGGUGUGGUAACACUGCUUUUGGCUCAACUUCCAUCCUUUCACUCCCUGAGGCAUGUUAAUCUGAUUUCUCUGGUUCUUAGUGUGCUGUAUGCCACAUGUGUCGCAGUCGGUUCUAUAUACAUUGGUCACUCAAAAGAUGCACCACCUAGGCAUUAUUCUGUAAGAGGUUCUGAUGUAGAUCAACUUUUUGGUGUCUUCAAUGGUAUUUCUAUCAUUGCUACUGCAUAUGCUAGUGGAAUCAUUCCAGAAAUACAGGCAACUUUGGCCCCUCCUGUGAAGGGAAAAAUGUUGAAAGGACUAUGUGUCUGUUACUCUGUUAUAGCCACCACCUAUUAUAGUGUUGCCAUCUCAGGUUAUUGGGCAUUUGGUAAUGAUUCCGGUGCAACAAUUCUUGCUAACUUUAUUGGCAAGACUAAGCUUUUGCUUCCCAAAUGGUUUUUCUUGAUGACCAAUAUAUUCAUCCUUCUACAAGUGAUGGCAAUGACAGCGGUUUAUCUGCAGCCAACAAAUGAAUUAUUUGAAGCAACUUUUGGAGACCCAAAAAUGGGACAAUUCUCCAUUCGCAAUGUUGUUCCAAGGGUGCUGUCUAGGUCACUAUCAGUGGCAGCAGCCACGGUUUUAGCAGCAAUGUUGCCAUUCUUUCCAGAUAUAAUGGCCUUGUUUGGGGCAUUUGGAUGCAUCCCUCUUGAUUUCAUUUUGCCUAUGAUUUUUUACAAUGUGACUUUCAAGCCCUCAAAAUACAGCAUAAUGUUUUGGGUCAACACAUUGAUUAUUGUAGCAUCCUCAAUUUUAGUUGUAAUUGGAGGAAUAGCAUCAAUUAGACAAAUAGUACUUGAUGCCAAAACAUAUCAUUUAUUUUCAGAUAUGUAAAAAUUAUAGCAAUACAUACAAACACCAGUGCUAAGUUUCAUUGCAGUUCUAUUGGUCAUCUCAAAUCAAGCAAUUCUUUCAACAGUGUGGAUUUUCUGACCCAUUAAUCAAUUCUUUAAUAAUUUAUCAAGACAGAACUGUGAGGUAUUAGGACUUUAAGAAACACAAUGAGCAAGAAGAGUGAAAUGAAAGAACACACACGCAAUCUCUUUUAUUUUCAACACCCACUCAAACCUCAACCUUCAAGGAAUUUCACUAUGCUUCAUCCCAAGCCCAACAUCGUACGCCUUCCCAAAACCGAAGUUGUAGUGCCACCUCUGCAGGUGCAGGCUGAGCCAAACGUUGAUCUCUCUUUCUCCACCAUCACAUCCAAUCCUACUAUAAUCUCCCAGGCUUAUAUAUUAGGAGGGUUGAUCGUAUCAAAAUGGAUUUGGGCAAGGUGGAAUGAGAGGAACCACGGAGGGAGGUUGAUCUUAUCAACUGAACGGGAUGAGAUGUCUUCUAGGAAUGUUAUUGGCAUGGAGGAUAUUAGUAGAGAGGUGAUAUGGAAGGAAGAUGUGUUUUUGAAGAUUGACAGUGUAGGAUUAGAGAUUAAAAUGUCGAAGCAAUUUGCAAUUGUUCUGUUUGCAUUAGUAUUAGUAUUAGUAUUAGUUUUCAUGGUGUUAUGGUAGGGAGUCAUAAUGCAUCAUAGCCUUGGUUCUUUGGUCUUUUUUCCCCUUCUGUCUUGUAAUGGAGAUUAUGACUCGUGUAAUGAUUUUUCGAUUAAUUGAAAUUUUUUCUUCAUUGA